UGAGUCAGGUGAAAGUCGUACGGUACUCAGCGGAGAAAAAGUUGUUUCGUUUAGAAAUGAAACGUUUGUCAACAUCUUAAAUUAUGAACGUUGAAUAAUAAGAUUUACAACUUCAACAUCACCAGGUAAACAGCAGCAAUGAAGAGUCUCAAGUACCGACUGAAAAAGCAUGAAGUUACGCUCACAAACACAGACUGGAACAAGUAUGACGACCGGCUGAUGAAGGCGGUGGAACGGGGCGAGGUGGACAAGGUGGCGGCCGUGCUCAGCAAGAAGGGCAUCAUCCCCACUAAGCUGGACAUGGAGGGACGAUCCGCGUUCCACCUCUCCGCCACCAGGGGCCACCUGGACUGUCUCAAUCUCAUCCUGGGCCACAGCGUUGACCUCACAGCCACCGAUGCCACCGGUAAAAACGCCCUUCAUCUCGCUUCCAGAAAUGGCCAGUCGCUUUGUGUGCAGAAGCUAUUGCAGCAACCCAACUCCCGGGCCGAGGGGAAAUCCUACUUGCCCCCCGACCCCCACUAG